AUGCGGUCCAGCCCAAUAUAGCAUAAGAUCAGGAUUCAGGGUUUUGAAUUCUAUUUUUAGGGUUUCGAAACGCUCCGUUUCCUCGCGAUCCACUCCGUAUUCUCUGCCACCUCACGCCGGCAGCUCUCCGUCUGUGUUCGCCGUAGAUUAGGGCACUGUUUGUCCCCUACGAUCUUCUCAGUCUGCAUUCCUCUCCCUUUGGCUUCGAUUUCUUUCGCUUUCGCGGUAGGUUAGUUUUUUUUGAUCGCCAGAGUUCGUCUCUCUCCGCCUCUGUUCGCCUUCUUUUGCGGCACUAAGGAGCUUUUAACAAUGGAGUCUACGCUGGAAACUUUUCAACCUCGCACCUUCUCCGUCAAGCUAUGGCCGCCCAGUUCGACCACUCGGCAGAUGCUCCUCGAGAGGAUGGCGAAGAACCUCUCGACGGAAUCAAUCUUUUCGCGAAAAUACGGCCUCCUGACCAAUGGGGAAGCAUUAGAAAAUGCCCAAAGGAUCGAAGAAAGUUGCUUUGUUAUUGCAAAUGACCAUUUUGAAAAGGAGCCUGAUGGAGAUGGCAGCUCUGCAGUUCAGCUCUAUGCCAAGGAAACCAGUAAACUCAUGCUCGAAGUCCUCAAAAGAGGCCCAAAACACAAGGAAGAUGAAGAUAAGAUCCCGAAGGAUUCGACACCUGUUGCUUCUUAUAACACCGUCUUUGAUAUUUCGACCGGUCGCCGAGAUUUUCUAGAAGCCGAUGAGGCGCACGAAGUACUGAGUCCAUUAGCAGAGCAGGGUAACUCAUACACAAAGAUUUGCUUCAGCAACCGAAGCUUCGGUGUCGAUGCGGCUCGUGUUGCGGAGCCUAUUCUGAAAUCCCUAUCAAAACAAUUGAUUGAAGUUGAUCUCUCCGAUUUCAUUGCGGGACGAUCAGAGGAUGAUGCUCUCGAAGUCAUGAGGAUAUUUUCUUCUGCUCUUGAAAAUUGUGAUCUGAAAUAUUUGAAUCUCUCUGACAAUGCCAUGGGUGAGAAGGGAGUAAGGGCAUUUGAAACACUUCUUAAAUCUCAAAAUAACUUGGAGGAACUAUACUUGAAGAAUGAUGGGAUCUCAGAGGAGGCCGCGAAGGCCUUAUGCGAGCUAAUUCCUUCCACUGAAAAGCUUCGGAUCCUCCACUUCCAUAACAAUAUGACUGGAGAUGAAGGCGGCAUCGCGAUUUCUGAGGUCCUGAAGCGGUCUCCUUGUCUCGAAGAUUUUCUUUGCUCGUCCACUCGAGUCGACUUGGUGGGCGGAAUUGCAUUGUCUGAGGCAUUGGAAGCCUGUACUCGUCUGAAGAAGCUCGAUCUGAGAGACAACAUUUUCGGUGUCAAAGCAGGGAUAGCCCUUAGCCGUACUCUUGAAAAGCAUGAAGCUCUCACCGAACUCUACCUAAGUUACCUAAAUCUGGAAGAUGAGGGCGCAAUAUCGAUCUUCAAUGCAUUGAGAACAUCCAAUUCUCGUCUUGAGAUCUUAGAGAUUGCCGGAAACGAGAUCACAGCGAAAGCCGCCCCCAAUAUCGCUGCUUAUUUGGCCGAUAAACAGACACUCAGGUCUCUGAGCUUGUCUGAAAAUGAAUUAAAGGAUGAGGGCGCUGUGCUGAUAGGUAAAGCUUUGGAGGAGGGUAAUCCACAGCUGAGAGAAUUGGACUUCAGCUAUAAUGCCAUAAGGAGAGUCGGGGCACGAUGCUUGGCCCGAGCAGUCGUUGUGAAUAAGCCCAAUUUCGUGCUUUUGAACAUCAACGGGAACGCCAUAUCAGACGAAGGGAUUGAUGAGGUGGAAGAGAUGCUGAAAUCGGGUGAGAAAUCGGCGAGCGUGCUUGGGUCGUUAGAAGACAACGACCCCGAAGGGGAAGAAGAGGAGGAUGAGGAGGAAGAUGCGGAUGGGGAGGCAGAAGAUGAUGUGGUGGACUCGAAGCUUGACAAACUGAGUUUUCAGUAGGUUUACAUGAGGUAUUUCUAUCACCAUUACUGCAACAUGAUUUCUUUUGAGAUGGCUUUUGUUAUUUAAUUUGGCCAUCAACUCUGCUUUUUCAUUUUAGUUUUUUUUUUUUUUUUCGUUAGUGUUCUGAACGUUGCCUCUUAGAUUGUGGAUGUUAGUUAUGUAUGGAUUGA